AUGGUCGAGAAGAAGCUGCCCGCGGCGGCUCUGGAGAAAGGGAGGAAGCCGGGGCUCAUCACGAAGACGCUGGACCGGUGCCGGAGCGCGCGGAGGGGCAAGCAGCAGCCGCCGCCGCCGGAGGGCUGCUGCACGGUGUGCGUCGGCGCGGGGCGGCAGCGGUUCGCGGUCCGGACCGAGUGCGUCAACCACCCGCUGUUCCGGGCGCUGCUGGAGGAGGCCGAGGAGGCGUUCGGGUACGCGGCCGCGGGCCCGCUCACGCUGCCGUGCGACGCCGACGCCUUCGUGCGGGUGCUGGAGCAGAUCGAGGAGGAGGAGGCCGCCGCCGGCGAGGCGGCGGCGGCCGUGGCAAGGUGCGGCCUCGCCAGGGGCCACUCCGCGUACCGGCUGCUCGCCCCAGGCCGGCAGCUCCUCGUCGGCCGGUCGUAGCUUGGGCGGCGACGGGUGCUCGAUCUCGCCGAUCUGCACCCGAUCUUCCGCUAUGUGUUGUACUGAAUACUGAUGUCAUUCGUGUGCAGAUCAUGUAGAUGCCAACCGCCAACAAGGUGGCUCGUGCAUCCUAGCAGUCGACGAGUUCUUGAGCUCGAGUUUUUUGUUGAGCAUAUUCUCAUUGUGAGACGGACAAAAAAAUGUCAUGUGCUCUAGUGAUCUAGAUGUGUUGUUGAUGGCCUGAUGUUGCCCUCACGUGAUGC